AUGGACCUCAAAAUCAACGCGCUGACAGCUCGCCUCCGUGGAACUCGGCUUGGAUCAGCCACCGUGAAAACCCACUCGAAAUCGGGGGAAAGCAAAUCGGUUGACCCGCCGAGGAUGAAGAUGGUGCCAGCCGAUCAAAUCGAUCACGGAACUUCUGAGGGAAGGAGGGUUUUCUAUGAACAGGUGUGCUACCUUCUCAAGAAGAAGUGCAAA